ACUUCUAUUGAGACCCACAAGCUGUGCUUUAGCAACUGGUCAUUUCAGUGCUGCUUCUGUAUGAAAUUUUAGCAAAGAAUAUAGUACUUCUAUCAUGAAGACUGGAGCCACUGCUCUUGUGGCGGGAAUUAUUGGUGCUAUUGGUGUUAUCCUUUUUUUGAUAGCAUUUGGAACUGAAUAUUGGUUACUUGCAACAGAGACUUGUGGAAGUUUUGAUUCUAACAAUGGAACUUUGGAUAUUGAAGAAGAGUAUGAUGAAGACACAAGAGACUAUGAAGAAAUGUCAGUUAUUUACCAUCAUGAAGGCUUUUUCUGGAGAUGCUGGUUUUUUGGAGAUGAUCCACAAACAUCAGUUUGGAGAUACUGGCUUAUGAAUCAGCCUCAUCCGAAGCGCUGUAUUCCUGGAUAUCUCUUUCCAAUGCAAAUUGCUGUUGGACCUUUCCCACACCCAUCAUUUGACGCAACUGCAAUGUACAGAGGCUUUUGGACAAUCUUCAUUAUAUUAGGUGCUGCUUCUGGUCUGUCAGGGGGAUUUCUGCUGGUAUACGGAGUGCCCUUUGCCAGUGCUGGGUGUUAUAAAGUUGGAGGUGGCUUCCUGAUGAUAUCAGGGGCUCUGUUCAGUCUGAUCCUCAGUCUGUUUGUACUGUGGAAGGAAUAUGCUGUUGAUUUUCCAAAAUAUAUAUCUAUAGAAAGGAGCAACAUGUGUGUUCCUGAAAAUGUCCUCAUUGACGUAAAAUAUGGAUGGUCUUUCACAUUUGCUGCUUUUGGAACUCCCUUUGUGUGUAUGUCAGGAAUUAUGUUUCAUUUCAUUGGUCGGCACCUUGAGAAGCUUCAGAAAUGAACAAGAUAAAAUCCCUAAAAUGCACAGUGAAACCUGGUCAUAUUUAUGAAGGAUACUUGAACAAAGCAAAUUUGAGACUUGGAUAUGAGCCAAGCAAUGGAGGAUCAUUUAUUAUCAAUACACAUGUAUAACCUGGUGUAGCCAAAUGGAUUCCAUUUGCAAAGAGGUGCUAUAAAGUAAAAAGUAAGAGAAGCCAUUUCUAAGAACUUGAGGGAGGAGGAAUUUGCUGUCUAGAUGUGAAGAUAAAAUGGUUGUCUCUGGGUUUUGAAAUACAUCACAAAUAUUUACAAGAGUGAGGAUGAUCUCAAAUUCUCUGGUGCUAUUAUGUAAUUUGCAGCCUUUCAACAUUAACCAAUUUAUAGUCGGAAUUUUCUUUUUAUCGGGAGUUAAGUUUGAAUCAUCUGAUUUAGUUGAAAAAACCAAUUAAUCACAGCUAAUGGACAAGAGUACCAAUGACUAAUUUUCCUCUAAAAGCUUGGGUGUUUGAAGGGGGAGUACCAAAUUUCCCCCUCUUGUCUUUGAACAGGUAUAUUCAACAACAGUUAAUGCAGGUACGUUUCAGUCAGAUGACUAGAAACAGCUACACCUGAAAAGUCAACUGUUUUAUAGUCUUAUGUUCCACAUCACAUAUCCUUCAAACACAAAGAAAUUUCACAUGAGCAGGAGAUUUAUGAAAAUAUUGCACAAUGCACACUGUUCCACUUGAGUAAAUACAAAAGGUCAUGUUGCCAAUCUGAACAAAAAGGCUUCUCGUGGCUAGGGGAUUAACUGUACCAUAGAAUGUGAAUUCUUCACUGCAGGAUGAUUGGAAAGGUUGCAGUUUUUUAAUUAUUUAAAUCACAUCUAUGUAUUAUUUAACUAUUUUUAUUCAUUUUUAUAUUUUUGGCUGUGAGCCUAGCCUUUAACGGCUGAGCCAUUUCUCCAGCCCUUUAUUCGUUUUUAAAAGGCUCAUCAGAAUUAAUAAGUAGAAUUCCAACCAAAUGAAAUGCUGAUGGGAAAGGCCUAUGUUAGCUUUUAAUUCAUAGCAGAACCUAAAACAAAUGCAGACUCAUAUUCAACUCACUGAUAAAAUAAAAGAUAACAGGAUUUUUUUGGGGGAGAUUUUAUAUUCUGUAAUUUGUCGGUGAAUUUUAAUAGGAAUUUGUAGGGUAGUUUUCAGUAAUAAAAAUGUAUCAUUUGUAUGGAUUCAUUUUCUACUGGUAUAUGUUCUUAGUUACUCAACUUCAAAUACUAUUAAAAUUCGUUCUCCCAUUUAAAAGUUUCAGUAAUUGCUAAUGAUUCUUCUCUGCUGCAGCUGUCAGUAAGCAUUCAGCUAUUAUGACAUAUUUAUGUACAUGUUUUAGUUUCAUACCAAGUAUUAUAAAUUUAAAUUUAGUUUGUCCUAAAUGUUACCUUUCUGUGUAUUUCAUUCGAUUUCUAGAUUUAAAUUUUUACCAAUAAAGUAAAUUUUGAACCAUGAACCAUUAUAUCAGUUGCUACUUCCCUUGCAUGUAUAUCUUUCACAUUUAAAAGAAUCCUGAGCUGGGUUUCUAGAGAUAGAAUGUUUGAAGUAAAAAAAAUGUUGGAAAUUACCAUUUGGUAAUGACCUUUGAGCAUAUAUAGAAUUCACAUGUACUGAGAGGCAAAGCAUAGAGAUUCAGCUACCAGAAGUGAAGUUUUACCUUUAACAUUUAGAAAACUACUUGGUUUCCAGGACAGGCCUAAGUGGGAAGUCAUUUUUCACGGAAUUGGCAGUCUUCUGUUAAGAUGGAUAUUACUAGGACAGAAAAUGAGGAUGCUUGCAGUCUUGAGCUAUUACCUAUAAAUAGAAUAAACAUAUUUUAGAGGAACUGAAGGGAAAGAGUGGUUCAUACUUACUUUACCAUAUUUUUAGGCUAGAGACAUGAGAAAUUAACCUCAGAUUAUAAGUAGUUUCUCUCUUAAUAACUUAAUUUAUAAGACAGAGUCAGUAUAUGUGAAACCCAUGUCAAAUGACUUAUCCCAUGUAAUCAUUGCAUAACAUCAGGAUUAUUUCAAGUCCCAAAUGAAUAUGGGAAUUUUUUUUGUACUAAGAAAGUUAUUGGGACAGAAUGAAAUUUGGGAAUGAGGGUGAACAGUAUAUUCCCUAUUAAUAUUAAUUAAUGAGAAUGUGUAUUCCUACUUAUUUUAAGGCUGUGAAAUGUGAAAGUAAUGAAGAAAGAAAUUAUAGUGUAUGUACAUGUAUGAGAAGGCACAUAUAGAAACACAUAAUUCAAAAUAAUAUUCAGUUGGCUUGUUCACUCAUAUUUGAAUGAAAUGGCACAUUUUUUGUUUAUCUUGUAAUAGUGACACUAUCAAUGAAUACACAUCAUCACUUUUCAAUUUUACAGUGUCUCAUGUGACCAUUUCCUCAGUCUCAGUAGCUUUACAAUGUGAUAAUUUGUUUUUACAGAGCUCUGCUUGUUUAUUUAUGUAUAGACACAGUCAUGCAUAUACAUAUUUAUAAACCAAGGGAUAUGCAUCAAGACAGUGAUUUGUAUCAAUAAUUAUUGUGGUGACAAUAUUUUUUUCUUUUAUAAUUUAUAAAAUAAAAAUGAAAAUUUUAUCACAAUGUUUUACUUGUCUACUAUUUCUUUGCAUGUAAUAUUAAUAUUACAGAUAAAUGUGGAGCAUGGACACAAACCUAUUUCCUCCUGUAAUAAUGGUUUCUAUCCUAUAAUAUAUAAUGCCAUGGAGAAACACCAUUGUGGUAGCUGGUACCUGGUGGGUUUAUCUGAAGAACUGGGGAAGAAAAGAGUUUAAGAUAUAAUGAAAUGGCUGGAAAGAGCAGAUCUGUCAAAUUUGUAAAGCUUUUUCAAGUUUCCAAGAGUAUGAACAAUGUGUAGCAAUAAACGUGUUUUUAAAAGCAUUUUUAAAAUAAAGCAUAUGUUCUGGUAUGCAAAGAAAAUGGUUUUGGAGUAAAUAUUUCUA